UUGUCUAGUUUUUAACCGUUUGAAUUCACCGGCAUAUUUUGCUUAUGAGUGGAGACUGAUAUGCAUCCUUUGAAGUAUUCGAAGAUUGCUUUUGAGUAGUGCUAGGGAACUGAUACUACAAGAUCCGUCUGCUUCAGUCAUGUCAUGUCUUCUUGCACGAAACAAAUAUUCAUGCAACCUUGGCACAACUUGUUAUGAUGUGACAUUUUUGUGACAUCUGAUGAUAAUGGCCUUUUCCAAGUUGACACAUUGUGUGUUUCGAAGCAAACCUGUAUACAAUGGGUUGGUCCAACUCAUGUGUAAGCCUCUGCCGCCAUCUAAUUUAAGUAUAGGUGGUCGCUCAAGACAUGUCCACCUUAAAUUAAUCGCAAAUAAUUCUCCAAGACCAAAGGAAGUACUGAAAACCAUCCACCCACAUUACUUACGGCCAUCACUUUUUCAUGGGAAUUUAACUUUAAAAGUUUGUCCUUCUAAAUCACUGCGAUGUCAACUUUUUCACACUACCGCACCUCAAAAGGCUAUCCCUCCUUUAGUGUGGGUGGUGUUGAGACCUUUUGCAAAUGUAGCAGCUGCUUUAUUUGGUAGAUUUUUUAGAAGGUUUUGGCAGAGGCUUCCACCAGAAAAAAGGGACAGAAUAAUUUUAAGUCUGAGAAAGCGCAGACGGACACUUCUAGGAAUUUUUGGGACACUUUCACUUGGAUUACUACUCUAUGUGCUGGCUCACAUAGAAGAAGUGCCUUACACAAAGCGACGUAGGUUCAUAUUGUUUUCUCGUCAAGAUAUGCGACACCUAUGUGAGGAGGUCCAAAAAGAGAUUUUGGAAAGUUACAAAGAUGCCAAUCUUCCUUACAACCAUCCACUGUAUCAACGGAUUUACAAAGUAAUGUAUAGUCUUAUGCAGGCAAAUAAAGAAGAAAUAGUAAAUAGUGGAGUCUCUUCCUGGAACAUUUAUGUCAUUGAUGAUCCUGAUGUCAACAAUGCCAUGGUGCUCCCAAAUGGCACAGUGUUCAUUUUCACAGGAAUCAUAGACACAUGCUCAAGUGAUGAUCAGUUGGGAACAAUUCUUGCCCAUGAAAUUGCUCAUGUUCUACUAAACCAUCAGGGUGAAACCAUUAGUGAAGAUCAUAUCUCCAGUAUGUUGUUUGUUCUUCUGAUCACUGCCAUCUGGGCGGUGCUUCCAGAUUUUGCAGCCUUCCUCUCCCACAUGUUUGCCUCUCAGACAAAAUCAUUAUUCAUACAACUGCCUUUCAGUCGACUUAUGGAAUCUGAAGCUGAUGCAGUAGGUCUGAAUCUUGCUGCAAAGGCUUGCUUGGAUGUUCGCGAGGCCAGUGUCUUUUGGGCUAAAAUGGCCUUGAGAGAGGAACUUGGUUGCGAGGAAAAACCUCUGGAACUGUUAUCCUCUCACCCAUCUCAUGAAUCUCGACAAAAAGCUAUCGAUGAACUGAUUCCUGAUGCUUUGAAACUGCGGGAAUCCUGCAAGUGUGGUGUCUUAAGCCGUUCAGACCCAAGAUCACAAUUUGUUCUUCAUAAGAAUUUCCUCAAAGACGCGCAGGCAAAAGGCUGUCUCUCAUGCAGAUCAAUAUUUUCUCCUUACAAUGUUUAGUCUUGAAGUCUACAGGUUUUUCUUUCCACUUUACCUUCUGAAAAUUCACCAAAAUGUGCCUUUGUGUAGUUAAACAAGAGCCACUGUUAAAUUGUUGAUGAAAUUUGUUAAUAAAUUUUACCGAAAUUGUUA